GUGCACUGUAUUGUCUUUGCUUUGGCGAUUCCUAUAGGUGACGAGAUACAGGGCGUAUUUAAGCAUGACGCUGCGACAGACUGCGACCAAUCCCCGCCGAACACUAUCGGACCCUAUACAACGCAUAGACUGCUACUCCACUCACUCUCAUCAAUCUUCUUUACUGCCCUACAAAGCGACCCCCUCCCCUUGACCUCGCCAUAUUCCCGCCGCACUGCAAGAUGCUCAGUCACAUAAAGCAAGCUCUCAGAUCCGUCUCCCCCUUCCCUCUCUUCCGUGACAAUGCCAUUGCCAGUGACGGACCCCGGCGGUCCCCUUCUGUGCAGCGCUCUAGCCCGCCCUCAGCGGACGACGACGACGACGACGACAUGCAAACCGACGAUCAGUACGGCGAGGAACCCGAUGUACAGAUAGAGCAGCCAGACGAAGACGAAGACAUGGACCCGCACUCGGACGGCAACGUCGCUGCCCGCUUCGGAGGCCACAAUGACCCAGAACCGCCGCUCCGUGGGCGGACCAUUCACCGCGAGCUAGCACGGCCGGAUUCCCCGUCGUUAGAAGCAACGGCGCGGCGAGAGGGGCGCGGCGACGCCGCAAGGAGUGCCUCUUCCGACGAUCGAAUGUCCGUGAAAUCCGCCUGUCCCUCUGGCAUCGGCUAUGACCCCGAUAACGAGCUUUUUUACCGAGCGAAUCCUCCAGUCUACUGGAUGGAAUCCAAGACGAUCCCACAGCUCACGUUCAAACCGAAUACCGACAUCGACUCGCUCGUUGAGGAACGUUUCCCGCGUGGCUCGAAAAGGCUCUAUGCCUCCAAGGUCCUCAUUCGCGGCUGUCUGUCCACCGAGAGAGAGGAGGAUGAUAGGGAUCAGCAUACCGGUUGGUCACCCGAGUGCACCGUCGAGCACGCUUGGAUCGAAAAGGCGGCUAGUCGCGUCUUCCCUCAUGUGAGGGGUGUCGAGGAGCUGGAGCUGAUUGACCUUGAAUGGGGCGACGUCCCGUCACCGGCCAGGCUGGCGCUUCGAUCCCAACCCUGCUUUACCGUCCUCAAGCGUCUCCACCUGGUCAAAAUCGACUUCUGGAACAGCAAUCAACUGUUGCUCCUCUUGUCCUCGCUCUGUAACCAGGAUUUCCGGGAGCUUCGCGUUGCAGGCUGCCGUUGGAAGACCCUCAACCACACCCGCGAUCAGAUAUCGGAAAGCUCCACCCUUUAUAUUCACCGCCUCCAGAUCUAUGAAGACGUUCAGCAAUCGUCUCGUCCGCUUGUACACUGGUUGCUGGGCAAACGGGAUGGCCUGAAGAUCGAGGAAGCGGAGUUCAUCCUGCAAUCGUUGGACAUCGCACCCAUUCUGAUGCUUCUUUUCUGCCUCCUAUCGCAUGUCCACAAGCUAGAGCUGCGCUUCCAAGGCAUUGAGACAUUUGCGAGCAGUGAUGAACGUGAGCCUCGUCCGCCGGCUGCGCUGCCACCAUGCCGAUGCCCCCGAAACGAAGCCGAAGGAGUCGAAGUUGACCCAUUCGACUUCCUAGGAUUCACCGAGUCGAAGCCCUGUGAUAUGCUAGAGAAGCUCGCGUUUGGAUCGACACAUUACGGGAACCAUGAAAACCUUGCUCGCAGCAGGGACUACUUCCCUGACGACAGACUGCCUGGAAGGCCCUGCAGUUUUGUUGCAUGCGGACGGGAGGCCGCACAGCGCAGGCCGACCAUCUCCCAGGUAUAUGAUUGGCUCGCCAAUCUCUGCCACCGCUCUCCAAUGGGCAAUCACCCUCGGGCGAAGAAGAUCGUGCUCAGCGUUGAUUGCAUUGGCGACAUCGCAACGCCGACCGCCGAGCUUCCGGCUAUCGCUCUGGAAACACUCUGGAUAGUCCUGAAUGACUGCACCGAGAGGGUCGAACUUACGAUCAGGUUCAGGGACAUCGACACUGUUCACUGGGCUGCUCUCGAUGCUUCCUUGAGGGACGCGUGCGCCGAUCCUGAUGUUCUGCACUGCCUGUACGGUCUCCACAGAUUCGACUUCAACUUCGUCAUGAAGGCUGAUGCAGCGGCGGCGAUUGACUUCGAAGGGCGACCUGAUGCCUUGGAAGAGGCAAUCUUUACCAGGCUCCCUGCCAUCGAGAAACUCGACGAGGUGCUCGACUCGAAGCUCCUUUUCCAGGCGUCUCUUGGCGACGUUGGACCGAUACGGAGGUGGGGUAUCAAACGCACCGCAGAAUUCGUCCCUGCUCCGCAACACCUUGUCGUCAUACCUAGGUGAAAUGCGGUGCCGGGAGGUUGAUCGAGGGAGUCAAGAGGUGUAACUCGGCGAGUGCGACGAGAGGGACCUGGACUUCAGACAAUACGGACAUCAUUGAUUGUACGAACGCGCAAUUUCAUGUCGAAUGCCCUGGGUAGUGCGAUUUACCAGAAAUCAGGAACGAAGGUUGUCCUCGCUGUGUACGUCUGCUGAGGAUCCAUUGGCAGAU